GUACCUUAACCCAUCUUUAAUCGUGUCUUAAAAUCUGGAAAUUUUCAAUUCCCUGGUGGUUCCUGUGAAUUUUGUUUCAAAUCUCCUAUUUACAACCUACCCUCACGACGCAGAAUCGCAUUACACUCUCCAGUGCCUUGUCGGAUGUCCACGGUUACCACCAAAAAAAAGUUGGUGUAUAAACAAGAUCCAGACGGUGUGUUUCGAUUAAAGAAGUUGGGCGACGACGACCGGCUCUCCACCAAAUCUGACAAACGCACCGUUGACGAUUAUUUGAACGACUUGAUUUCCUGUGCCUACGAAGUGGUUGAACCCAACAAAGUGCAGCCGAUCCUUUCCGAAGACAACGUCCUGCUACAAUCUCCCACGAAACUGGUCAAAAUCCAACCCCAACCCCUGGAAACCCAUUACGACGCCCAGCCUUCCUAUCCACCACAGUCUCCACUCCCAGAGCCUUUAGCCUCUUCUGCCACCAAAGAAAAUCUUACCUUCAAAGACCGUACUAACGGCCUAAAUAUCACUUUCCCACCAUCGCCCCAGGUAGGAACGUCCUUCUCCUUCCCCAAAAUGCCUGUGUCCACCCUAAACUCAUCCAAAAUGUUCCACAUCCCCAGCUUUGGCUUGGGACUCGUCAUUGCCAUUACCAUCAGUCAGUCAUCCACCUACAUUCUUCUGUACUCCAAAAUCGCCUUUGAGUACGCCAAAAUCGGCUUGGUAUGGGUGCUUAUUUUGGGUGCAAUUGCCUGGUACACCGGCAUCAUCAAAGUACAAGAAUGGAGCAAAUUGAGAACAACCUUGACCUCCUUGACAGCAAAACCAUCACAAGAAGCCACAAGUGCUCCAGGAACCCCCAUUCUGCCCACAAAUAUACUCAACCACAACCACUACUUUAAUCAGAAUCAGAACCAGAACCAGAACCGGGAAAUGCACAGUCAUGUCCACGAUUAUAUGGGAGACUCGCCACCACAGGCAUCACGGCUGCAGUCCAGCCGUCCCCGGUACAAGUCUCGUCCCUCUGAGUCCCGGCGAAACACCGCCACCAAUAUUAUGCCCUUCAAACCUCACGUAAGACCCGAGUACGCCAGUGAACGAUCUCCCAGUGUGCCCAACUUGAGCCACGAAAAACUGUCGUUGCCCAAACUCACACGCUUCAACACAUCCGACAACAGCAAGACAAAUUACUGGCGGUUUGUGGAGCGGUCUCGUGCUGACAAUGAGCCACGUCAUGUCAAAUCUUUCCCCAAAGCAGCUCCGUUGCCUUCUCUACCCGACGAGGACUUACCGUUCGUUAACGAGGUCAAGUUGUUGUCGAGGAAGCCUGGAUUUGAUCUGUUCAAUGAAAUGGAGCAGGUGGACGAUUUACCGGGGUUUGAUAUCAAGCGUCUGAAUACCUCUGCAUCCAAGAAGUCGGUUCUCGGCACCAAACAGAACUACUACAAAUUCUUGGCCAAUGCAGAUACCCUAGACCAUGACUAGUAUAUAGUCAUCGUGAUGUAGUAGUCAUGAAUAAUGUAUAAUGUACAUACAUGUUUUUGCAG